UCAUUUAUUUACUCACAAAAACGUGAAAAGGGUUAGUUGCAAAGCUACUGUAUCAACUGUUACCAAAAGGAAAGUAAUUAAAUAUUUAUAAAUAAUUAUGAUUACGCACUGUUAUGAAACAUUGAUGACAUGACAGCCCUGAGUCGCAGCAGUGAAUCUGACCAAUGAGAGUGGAGAGUCUGAGUGCUCGCUCCGCCCCCUCGCAGCAUCAGCAGCCCAGCCCCUGUUGACGUCCUGCACUCAGCUGUGCGGUAAACAGCGGCGGCGAGCGGCUGCGGACUGAUGCCGACCCCAUCGCGGGUACGGACGGACAGCAUCAGGAGGCGACAUGCCCGCUCCUGCUCAUCUCCCGCUCCUUAAUAAACCCUCUGCCGACACCGUCAUAAACCCUCCAGAACCUGCGGCCUCCCCUGUUCGACCCACACCGGACCGAUGGACGGAUAGAGGAGAGCGAGGAUGUACUGGCGCGUCGGGUUCGCCUGGAGCCGCUCCUGCGUGCUUGAUCUGGGCUGGAACAAGAGCUUCUCCCUCGGCUCGUGCGGCUCCGAGGAGCAUCUCUCGUUGUAUGGGUACAUCAUCGCCUACCCGCUGCAAGAGUACGUAGGGAUCAUGUCAGCAUUAGCAUCCGACGCCUGGUGGAGGAAAACGCUCUACAUCACCGGGGGCGCGCUGCUCGCCGCCGCUGCCUAUCUACUACACGAGCUGCUCAUUAUCAGAAAGGAACAGGAGUUGGACUCUAAAGAUGCCAUCAUUCUGCAUCAGUUUGCCCGGCCCAAAACUGGAGUCCCUAGCCUGUCCCCCUUCUGCCUGAAGAUAGAAACGUACCUGAGGAUGGCAGACCUGCCCUACCAGAACUAUUUUGAUGGGAAGUUGUCCCCUCAAGGGAAGAUGCCUUGGAUUGCUUAUAAUCAGAAGCAGGUGUGUGGGACAGAGUUCAUCAUCGACUUCCUGGAGGAGAAGCUUGGUGUGAACCUCAACUCCAGCCUGAGUCCUCAGGAGAAAGCCAUCUCACGUGCUAUCACCAAAAUGGUGGAGGAACAUUUUUACUGGACGAUAGCUUACUGUCAGUGGGUUGACAACGUGGAGGAGACGCAGAAGAUGUUAGCCACAAACGGGCCGCUGAGUGAUGUGCUGAGGUGGAUUCUGAGUCAGGUGAACGGCGGCAUCGUAAAAAGAGAAAUGUAUGGGCACGGGAUCGGACGCUUUUCGAAAGAGGAGGUUUAUAGCCUGAUGGAGAAAGACAUGCGCACACUCGCCACACUCCUCGGCAAUAAAAAGUACCUAAUGGGCCCCAAGUUUUCCACCGUAGAUGCUGCUGUUUUUGGUCAUCUCGCUCAGGCCAUGUGGACUCUCCCUGGAACACGUCCAGAACAGCUAAUCAAAGGCGAGUUUAUCAACCUGGCCAUGUACUGCGAGAGAAUCCGCCGGAGAUUCUGGCCGGAGUGGUUUGUGGAUGCCGAUGAUCUUUACUACGAUGGACUGAGCGAGGAGCCGGAUUCUCCUUCCCAACUUCCAGAUUUGGGUCUGUACUCUAAUAGUGACGGCUUUCAGGAACAAGAAAGCACUCUGUCACACAACGACAGGCAGACUCCAGACAGCGACAUCACUGGACGCUCCCUGUUUGAUUCUGAUAUGGACACCGAAUGCUCGGAAAUGGAGCAGCUGAAGUGUUAACCACACCCCCCUUUAUGAUGCAUCUGCACGGACCCCGCCCCUUUGUUCUCCCUCAAGCCCCUUAGAAGUGGAAGGGGUGGUCAAAUGAAGAUGUUGCCGUGGUUUCCCCAGACUCUAAGCGAGAGAUGGCAAUAAAGCAGAGAGUGAAAGUAUUGAAAGAGAGGAUUUUCUUAAACAAUCACAAGAAAACGAAAGUGGUAUCCAGGCCGGAGAGAAUCUCAAUUAAAAGGAAGCACAGAAAUUGAAAAAAUUAUCAAACAGAAAACUAAAAAAGAGAGAAUGAAAAGGAGUAAAUGACGCCUCGGCUGAAUCACUCCUCCCACAGUGUGACUCAAAAUCAGCUGAAUUACAUCAAUUACAUAUGUUUGUAGCUAAACAAUGAGUGUGUUUACAUGCACAAUCCUACAUAGAUUAUGCUUUAAUAAGUCAACGAUGUGUAAACAGUUUUCCUGUAUUGGGGAAAGGUCAUGAACGGUUUAAGCGAGAAGCGAUCGGCAUCUGUAGAUUUUUGCCCUUUACCCCAAAUUCGCAAGAAGGAAGGAGCUGCAGGCCAUGAUCCAAAAAGGGGCACAAGCUCCAAACCGCCAGCAAAUAUUUUAGAGAGCCACUAACCUAACCCUUUUCCUAACCCUAACCCAACCUGUCCCAACCCCCUUCUGGAGUAACCCCGCCCUCUUUUGGAGAUUCCUUCCCCAUUUGUAGAUAUCCAGGUCGCAGCUAUAUCUACUUGGAUUUGGCAUUGCAUGUAAACCCCUUUACUAGCAUAUCCAACGUGCGCAAGAGAUUUACCCGAUGAUUUCAAAUCUCAUGUAAACACAUUCAGUUCUCAUUGUUCUGAGGUCCUAAUCAGACAAACAUACAAAACUUUAAAAAACGCAAUUGUGCAGUUUGGAUUUUCAAUCUGUUUUUAAUGCAGCCACACAGCCCCAUUACAGACAUUUUUAUGUGUGUGUGCAGCUGAAUGUAUAUGUAAAAGAAUAUCACUUGUGUUUGUCAAACAGCAAACACUUGAGAUGCAAGAGCGCCCCCCUCUGCAUAGCUACAGUACAUUCAACAACAUACAUUAUGACAAAGAACACUACACUAGAAUAGAUCAGAAUACCUUGAAAAUCAAACCUGCUUACAAAACUGUAGCUAUCACAGAGAGGAAGGGCAUAACACAAUACAGAGGGAGAGAUAGCUGGUGUGUGUGUGUGUGUGUAUGUCCAUCCAUCUGCUGCAUGAGUGAGUCACCCAGUCAUUGUCACACAUGAAUACACUGCAGGAAUGCUCUAGCAGGGAGUGAUCUGAUCUCCCAGGGGUUCAUACACAACAAAUGAUACACGCAAGAUGCAAGACUUCUGUUUUUUCUCUUCUGUAGUGAGAUAUAAUCAGUAUCUUGCUGUGCCAUGCACACACGCGUCCUGUCUUGAACAAGAAAUGCCCUUACAUUUUUUUUCAAUGUUGAAUGGAUUCAAGAUGGUGCAUACACAAAUCUCUUAUUAGAAAAAAGGAAAGUGUCUCACUAUUUUCACGUCCUUCAAGUUGUGCUGGUUUUGAUUCUAUAACAAAAUUUGCCAAGAUUAUUAAGGGAGGAAACAUUUGUAUACACAUUCUGGAUUUAUGGAUCUUGUGUACGUCAUUUCUACCUGAGGUGCUUUCUUUACAAAAUGCUCUGGCUUCAAUUUCUGCAUGCCAUUAAUUGAUACACGGUGCCAAAUAAGAGUCACCAUAGAGACAGACUUUUAAAAGUCAUACAAGUUGGUAGCCAUUCUGGGCGAAAUCUUAUCUUCAAUCGAUACACACUUUUCAAACUAUAUACAUUGUCAGUUGUUUGUGUUUUUUUAUGGUUUAGGACUGUGCCUAAUGCUAAAACGUAUUUUUGUAUUGAACUUUGGUUUUAGUUUUUUUUUAUUUUAUUUAUAAUUUGUGAUAUUUGAUUAGCCUAUAUAUCUCUUGAAAGUAUCUUCUUGACUUUUUAUGAGUUUUAUAUUUUUUCCUUAAUAUUUAUACUUGUUUUAAAUCAGGGUUUUAGUUACAAAGAGGAUUUGCUCUGAGAACUGUAUGUUUGAAUGCAGAAUCGUGAUAUGUUGUUUGCUUAGUUGUGCUAAAGUGAAUAAGACAUACCUGAAACAUUACAAGAACAUUAACAGUCUUCAAAAACACAAACCUUAUAAGCAAAUAGACAGUUGCUAAUGAAUUUCUAAUGGUUCCUUGUUGAAUUUCCCACUUUUGUUUAGGUUUCUAGUCAAACAAAUGUGUCCGCUUUAACAUUAAUACAAUGACGAUGUGAUACAUGAAGAUUUGCCUCUUAAGACAAAGGAUCCCACUCAUAUGCCUAAUGUAAUGGAGCUAUGGCAACCAAAAGACGGAGUUAUGUUAAAGUCAAAAUGAAAAUGAUGGAGAGACAAAGGAUCAAGUGCAAAUGUCAAUCUCUCAUGUGUUUUCUCACAGAUGUCAUGUGUGUGCUGAUUGUAGAGCCAUACUGUAGAAUCAAUGUUGUGUGUAUCAGACUCUGGUGGAUUUAAGGAUUUAUUAUGGACUGUACAAAAUAUUGAGGAGGGAGAGGUUGCGUACAUGAUCACUGUAACAUAAUGAACCAAAAUCAUCUGGCAAAUGUAGGUACUUGAAAUAUUUCAUGAAAUAUAGCUGUAAUAAUUUAA